AACUUGUACUGAGAAAGAAAAUGGCGGUCUUCCCAAAGAGAAAACAGAAUUUUAGAACAUUUUAGAUUAACUGGUCAAUGAAAUUAAAUUUAUCGUAAAAUUUAUACCCCAAGGUCUGAACAAUGAGUGAAGAAGACGCACCACCCCCACGGUUUGCUGGCCGCACUUACAGCCGGUCAAAACAAAAGCCAGCAAAUAAAACAAUCGAUGAAGCAGCUGACAGUAAGACUCCACUAAAGGCAGCAAUGUCAAUAUCAAAAUGGGGAAAGACUAACUAUAACUAUGUUCCCCUGCGUGAAGGCACGGACGGCAGCUCUGACGCCAAGAAGGUGAAGCUGGAAGUGAAGGCAGAAGAUCCCUUCAGCUUUGAAACAGAAGACAAAAGGAAGUUAAGUCCUGUCAAGAAACAGGUUCCUGCACCACAGCCAGAUGUAAAACAUUCGACAAAACUUCCUGCCUCAAGGAUACUUGUUAGUGACGAAGUUAUUGAUAUCAGUAUGGACGAACCUGUUGUGACUAAACAAGAAGGGAAAGCAGCCUCGUUCCGCACCUAUACAAGAACAUCCCCAAAAAAGCCGAUCAUUAUGGAUCAGUUUAUAGAAGUGGGCAAGACAGAAGUUUCAGCUACUGGCGAAACAUUUUUUUUCACCGAUUCAAAGUCUAAUCUCAAGCAAGAGAUGUUCACAGAUGCCCAGGUGGAGGUGAAGGAUGAAGAUGAUGAGUUGUUUCCUGUCCAGUUUAAAAGAGACCCACUUAAAACUUACUCAGGUGAAGUUGUUACGCCCAUUGACAAGCCAGAUUCACCUCCACGAAGGAAGUCUAACUAUAAAAGAAAGGGUGGGCCGAGAGGGAGAAAACCUCUGACUGUGUCCGACCCUGAUUUGAUAGAAGAAUACAAAAGAAAUUACGCAGCUCAACAGCUGAAAGGAAAACCAGAUACAGCGACAGGCGGACUAAACAACUCGAUGGUGGUAUCUAAACAAGAAAUGGCCAAUGAAGACCAAGGUACCACCGUUGUAGUUGUUUGCAAACCAAAAUCACAACUUGAAAAAAAUGAAGCCAAAAAUGCAGCAAAGAAUGCCAAAGCGAAAGCUGUUGCUUCUGAUGUUUCUUCUCAGGAUAGCGUUGGGGAGAACGGAAGUACAACAUCUACCCCUGUUAAUUUAGAAAGUGUUUCUUAUGGUUCUGUUAAAAUUGUUUCACACCUGGCAGCUGAUUCUGAGCCAUCCUCACAGAGCAGUGUUUCCUCCCCUUCCUCCACAGCGACCGCUCACAAACGAGCAGCCCAAGGUGGUAAAAGCUUGAACACCGAUUCUGCCUCAUCUCAGUCAUUUAAUUCUCCUGCUUCAUCAGACACUUCAACUCCCGGGCAAAGCAAGCGCUACAGAAUAUUUAAAUCACGUACACCUCAAGUUGAGGAAUACCUAAAGCCACCUGUGUUUAAAGGUGAUGAAGAGGAUGAGGUGAUGGAGUUUUCUGUUAGUGCCAGCGAGCAAGAGGCAGGUGGAACUCAGGAACUGUCCAUGACAGAUGAUGAGAAGGUGGUCUAUGUUGAAAUUGGAAUUGAAUCGCCUUCAUUGUCUUUAGAAAGUGCACAUGUUGAGUUAGGUGUUAAUAAUGAACAGGUAGAUUCCUCUGGAGCACUGACAACUGUUGCUGCUCACCUCCAAGCCAUUCAAGAGUCAUUAGAUUCACCUAAUCAACAAGGUAAGUCUAAUGCCAAGACUAAAGUUGACACAGACUUGGGGAGAGGAUCAAGCAAGAAUUAUGCAGAUCGGCAGCAAACAGAUUGUGCUACUUCGGAUGUCUCGACCUCGCAGGAUACUGUUAGUGAGAAUGGAGAAGCAGACACAUCUGCUGGCUCAGAACGUGUGGUGUACACCACACGAUCCUCUACGAAGAUUGUGGCAGCUAACUCGGAAGGACCAUCAGCAGCUGUGAAGAGAGUUUCUCAAGGUGCAAAAAACUUGAAUACUGACUCUGCUCUAUCUCAGGCUACAGCUGACAAUGCAUCUGGCCAAGGGAAAUCCUACAGAAUAUUCAAAUCACGUAAACCGCAGGUCGAAGAGUAUCUGAAGCCUCCUGUGUUUAAAGGGGAUGAGGAGGAUGAGGGAAUGGAAGAAGAAACACAAGAUUCAUCAGAAGAUUUAAAAUUAAUGUAUGUUGAUAUGGAAAUGGAUUUAGAAGAAAUAAAAGCCUCACAAGGCUCUUCUACUGUUGUUGAUGAUAAUGAUCACACUGAUGUCAAGCAGAAAGAUCCUUUAGCAGCAAGGGAACUUCUGGCAGCUCGUCUUCGCAACCUGGACAAGGGUCAAGAUUCCGAUUCUACUGGGGAACCAGACAAUUUGUCUGAAUGCUCAGAGAACCUUCAGUCUCUAGAAUCUCCUUCAAACAGCCAAACGACGUCAGAAAGCAGCCAGAAGGAUGUGACUAGUGCUCCAAGAAAAUUUUUCAAAUCAAAAAAAUCUUUAUCUAAUUCAUCUGAUCUACAGAGGAAGCUACUUGGUGGCAGCCCACAUAAAGGGUCACCUGCUAAAGCAACUUAUAAUGCACGUUCCUGGUACAAAGAGCAUGAGCAGGAGGAAAGGGAGGAAUCAUCAGUAAAAAGUGGCAGUAAAAAUGUAGAGAAAGAAGAUGAUAUUGUGCUAAUAAAAGAUUCCAGUAGGGGUCCAAAGUUGAAGAGAGAAGUACAUUGGCCAGAAGGACAGCACGAAGAAGCCUACACUUCUCUCAGAGUUAGCAAAACUCAUAAGGAGCUCUACACUGUGGUUCACAAUGUGAAACAAACACAUGAGGUACAGGAGCUAGGGGAGGCCCAGGACUUUAUGGAUGAUGUGGAUUAUCUCCUUGGAAGUUUACAGAACACAAAGUCCAUUUCUGAACGCUGCCUUAGUUGUUUGACUUUAGCUGGAAAAUGCAUUUCACCAGCUUUUAGAAUGCACAUUCGUGCCCAUGGGACUGUGACUAAAAUAUUUAGUCUACUCCGUGAUGCCUGCUCUGAUCCUUGUUUGGCUUUGAGUACAUCAGCAAUAAUGUUCAUGCUGAGUCGAGACCGUCUGAACAUGGACCUGGACAAAGACAGCCUAAAUCUGAUGCUCAAGUUGAAUGAAGUUGAUGCAUUAGACAAAGCUACUGCCUCUACCCUCAGCCACCUGGAAAAAACCAAACAGCGAGUGCAGGAGCUGCUGGCCCAGUUGCAACAAGAGACACAUGCCAGAGAAAUUGACUUGGGAUUUGUAUCUACUGGCAACCUAGCAAUGGAAUCAUUACUAAGUUUAACCUCAAGAAGGGCUGGUGAGUGGUUCAAAGAGGAGCUGCGUUCUGUUGGAGGCCUUGAUCACAUUGUUGAUUCUGUGAAUGCCUGUGAAAAGAACCUUCCUAAUGACCUCACUAAACAGAUACAAACUUCACUGCCAGUUUUGAGGAAACUAGACAGAUGUUUACGAGUAUUGGAAAAUAUCAGCUUUAUGAACUCUGACAACCAAAAUUAUUUGAUUGCUUAUAAAAAUGCUUCUCUCCUUCAGUCAUGUACCAGAACACUCUUGCUUUGUCAGCAGUGCAUGCCAACAUAUGCACUACAUGACAACACAGAAACUAACAAAGCAUUGAAAGAUUUACCCGGCUACACCGUUUUAGUGUGUAUGCUUGCAGUUCUUAGGGUGUUGUUGAAUGUCACUCAUGAACACAAACUUGGUGAUCUAGAUCCUGCUAGUGAAACACUGCUGAUGGAAACCAUACUGAAAUGUCUAACCACAACCCAAUGGUGUAUCCCUGUGGAACAGAGGUUUGACAUGGCUAUCUUGUGUCUGGGGUUAUUGAUCAACAUGGUAGAGAACAGGAAGACAAAUCGUGAGAUCAUGAUGAAGAUGGAAACACAGGUGAAAUACACUGAGAGAUCACAGUCUAAAACAAUGAGUGCCAUUAAAGCUGUUGUAGAGCUGUUUGUCCAAAGAGAACAUGCAGCUCGUGAAAUGGAAGAAGAUACUGAAGGGACACCAGAGACCUCCAUGGCCGACUCCCCCAACAAGAGUGGGGAGUGGAAGGAGUCUGACUCAGGUAUUCAGUGGAUCACAAACAAUCUGAAGAAAGCUAAGGAAGAAGAAGAAAAGCUAAUGAAAAACUCAGGAACUGUCAAGGAUGAGAACACAGAGGGGGAUGAGGCCAACCAGAGUAUCCUGGAGGAUGAUGAAGAAACAUUUACCAAAGCCCUUCAUAAAGCUGGAAAGCACAUGGAGAACAGCAUUGUGGCAUCAUAUGCAGGGCUUUUGCUAGGGACAACCAUCAUUGAUAACAUGGAGUAUGCUGCAACAGUAAAGAAACUCAUUCCAAAUGAAGACUUUGGUCCCAUGGUUAAAAUGUUGAAGAAAUUCCUCAACUUCAUGAGCUUAACUACUGCGUUUGGCAGCACAGAUGUUAAUGGCAUCACGAAGGUUAUUGAAGUUUUGGAAAAUGCGUGAUAUUAAACCCUAAAAUCAUGUUGUGCUUAUAUUUCGAUUCUGUAGGGAGUUUGAAUGUUGAGUUAUCCCUUGAGAAUCUUCCUCUGAGUAAGCUUAAAGGAAAGUUUAAAAAAAAACAAGUUUUGUUUGGAAAUUUGAAUAACUUGUUAAAAUUUACAAUUUUUUGUCUUGUUUCUUUUUUCAUUUUGAUGUUAACUACUACAGGUUUAUACAUUUUUAAAAUUGUGUAUAUUGACCAAAUAUUAAGUAAGUUUCUUCUCAUAACACAGAUUAUUAAUCAUAUUCACUCCCAGCCAAAUUUGAUUUAUAAUCUCCCUUUGUCUUGCAAUGUCCUAGGUUUUAGUUUGUAUUUUUUCUCUACUGUCCUCCUUGUAAUAUUUUAUCUCUGGCCAUCUUAAUUAAGCAAUGAUUUUCAUCCUGUUUAUUUUAAAUGUGGGCGAAUUCAGUGUAGUAUUUAAUACAUGAUUUUGUUUUGCCCAAAUUGAAUGUAUUCAAAGAUAUUUUUUGUUUCUUGAAUUGAUUGCUUAUAGUUAUAUUAAUCUUUGGUAAUUAUACUCGCACUUGGAAAUACUUUAUAAUUGAAUUUUUGGUAAUCACUUUAUAUUGGUUUUCGGUAAUUGAUUUUUAUUGGAUUUUUAUUGACAGCCAGCCAUAUUCUACAUAUACCAUUUCAUGGAUAGUGAACGCAAUAGACUUCUAUCUCUAUAUGAUUUUGUUUGCAUUUACCAUUUUCUAUUUCAUUUUGCUCAGCUUAAUACUUACUCUUUGCUCAGAUCUGCUAGACUUUUAGAUUUCAUAUUUUCCCUAACACAAAAUAGAGGUUCAUUCGCUAUAUUUUACACUUUGUUUUUACCUCUGUUCAAAGAACAUUUAGAUAUAUCUGUUUAUUAGUAAAAUACAUUUUUAGUUCAUAAUUUUUAUUUUAUCUAGUUAAAACUACUCCUUAUACUUAAAAGGUUUAUAUGUUGUAAGUUCAAUAAUUUGUGUAUCAGGGGUGCUUGUUUUAGUAGUUUCCAAAUGAAUUUAUAUCACUAACUUUGUUAACAUGAGUCCCCCAUAUGUAGACUACUUUAUGCUUCCCAUUUGUACAUAGAUUUCAUUGCUUCACCUUCAAACAUACAUUUUUCUUGUAAAUAAAUUGUUCUUUUUUUAAUCAGUAAUGGAACUUGAAUUUUUAUCUCAAUAUAUUUUUGUGUUACUCUGGACAAGGGGCUUGUAAGCUACUACCAACUGGUUUACAGGGGUUGAAAGACAUGUUUAAAUGGGAUUAAAGCUUCAUUUUUCUUCUACUAUAUUUAUACCAAGUGUAUCUGCAUUACAUUUGAUACAUUUAUAUCCUGACAUCCCAUGUAUUUUACUCAACACGUCAUGGUGUCGAGUAUUGCAGGUCUAGGAGUUUGAUGAUGUUUGUUGUGUGAUCACAUCUCCAUACUAGAGUAGUCUCAGCUUGUCCACUUGUUGACUCUGUAGCUCCAUACGCCCAUUCAUCUAUUCCAUGUAUUUAUAUAAAGCAUCUGUAGGCAUGUGUUGUACAUAUUGUUACACCAUCAUUGAAAAAAAUCUAGCUUAAAACAAAAUUGCUUGAAAAAAUAAACAUUGCAUUAUCACUUGAGUGGGUACUGUCUUUUGUUGCUUGGAGAGGCUGAAAAAAAAAAUUUCAAAAGCUCAAUUUUAAAACAAAUUCCUUGAAGUUGAUUGAUUAAAAUGUACAUUGAUUCAACAUUAAAAGAUUUGUUG